AUGUCAUCAACAAAAAGAUUGAUUCGAAGACAGUCUCUAAUAUCCAAGUUGCAGUCCUUCCCAUUUGACUUUUAUUUAUAUUUAAAUGAAUUGCGAUUAUCAAUUGAUUGGGAUGAAUAUGCAGUGUCAAUCGGAUUACCCACUGGUAUUGGUAUAUGUUCAUUGUCAUUUGUUAUACAAUCAAUAUUGUCGUAUUACAACUCAAUAAACAAACGAUCAAAAAAUAUACUAUUCGAUUCAAACUACUACCAAUAUGAAAAUACGAAGUCAUUAAUUAAUUCUGGACGACAAUUGCAUGACUAUGAGAUUAGUACCUCAACUACAAACACCAUAAUGUGGAUAUUCAAUGUUUUUCAAAGCAUCAUUGUAUUUGUAUCCUUAUUGAAUAUGUUUUUGAUAUUCACUAGCAAGAAAGAUUAUCAACUUUUAUAUCACAAGACGAAACCAAAAUAUAAAUCGACUGUCCAUCCUGCUAAUCGAGAAUCAUAUUUGUACUUGUUGUUAUACUAUAUUGUUGAGCUCUUCUCAAAAGACCCUGAGAAUGAGAAUGAAGAAGAGGAUACAGUGGAUGAUACAAACGCGAUAGAGGAUGGUGAAUCUUGGCAAUUACGAGUAUGGCAACCUUCCAAGUUUUCAUUGUACUUGUACGUUGGUUUGAACCCAAUUAAUAGCUUUAUUAUCGGCAAUUUCACCUUACAAUUUUCAUCAUUGAGUAUCAUCGGAUUGAUACUUGUCGUUUCAGUUUCCAAUUACAAGUUGAUCGAUUGCUUCUUAGGGUUAAUUCAAGACAAACAGAUUAUUUACCAAGAGACAUUUAGUGAGUUUAAUAACAAGUUUGUCAAGCCGAAGACAAAUAUAUUGAAAAAGGAUGCAAUGGUGGAUGCUACAUUGGGACCAUUAUACUCGUCAGUAUUAGUGAAUCACCAACCAUAUACAUUCACAAAACUGAAAGUGUUUACGACGCAUGAUUCAAAGGGAAAGGAGGUGAAAGAAUUUGUGGAGGGUGAUGAAAAGCAGGCAAAACCUAUAACGUAUCAAGAGGAAUUUUACAGACACGGAAGCAAAUCCCAUAGCCGGCCAAUAAGUCGAUUGUCCAGUCGUCAAUCGAGUAUUUACGAUCACACAGAGAUGCAGGCGCUUCCACCAUUUGCUUUUCGAAGGGUUCCUGAAUAUGCUUCUUCGACACUUUUUCAAGGACAACAACACUCAUCUUUCGGUCGCAUGCAAAGUCCUAGUCCCUCACGAUACUCUAACAACGCCAGUUACAAUAGGUCGCCAAGUCCCAACAGAAGUACAUUAAAUCAUCGAUUGAGUCCACAAAGACUAUCACCUGGCAAACCCGAUUUAAGUCAUCCGAGAAGAGACAGUAUUGGUCAUUCAAGUUUACAUAGCUCGCCUUCAUUUCAUCGAUCGCCAUCACCAAAUAGAAGCUCCGUAUUCUAUCGCAGUCCAUCUCCUUCUCGACCUGCUGAUUCUAGUAGGAGACAAGGCUGGAGGUGA